AAUCUUGAAUCUUUUCUCUUCACUCCAUUCAAUCUAUUCACAAGCUGCAGUCGUUUUUAUGUGAUAAAAUUUCUAGUCACUUAGAAGGGUAACGGGAAUUUAUCUCGCUUUACAGAACAUUGAAAUGUAAACAGUGCUGUUUUUGUGGUGUAGACAUAAUUUUACUAAGUUUUUACGAUAAUUAUGGAUUCAAGAGUACGAGUAUUAUUUAUAUCAACAUUAUUAAUUUUACAAAUUGGAAUUUGCAUCAACAAAGUGCAACGUUAUAACACCAAUAUAGAUUUUUUACUUCACGAAGCCGGUGGAAUAACGAGUGCACCAAAACGUGAUUACUCAGCAGAAUUCCCAUCAUUAAAACCGUCCUCAACAACACAACAACAAUCAAGAACAACACAAGGCUUAAACAUAGUAACCGGAACGACGCCAAAACCCCAAUCGUCAAAGAGGGAUUAUGUUGCGCCGCAACUGCCAACAACAAAACACGAUCAAAAAACAACAUCACCUCAACACAACGUUACACCAAGUCCAGCUACUCAUUCAGGACCUGCUGUUAAACCAACGUUAUCACCAAAAAGAGAUUAUGUCGCCCCACAGUUUCCAACUCUAAAACCACCUCAACAAAAUAGUAAACCAACAGGAAACGUUAAGGAUCUUAUUAAUUUCUACGAUAACUUUAACAACAACAAUAAUAAUAAUGCUCGAAAACCAAGUUACAGUUCAAUUUUGCAAGGAUCUAGCGUCGGAACAACGGUUAAGCCGUCUGUAACACCAAAACUACCAAGUUUCAGUUCCGUUGUUGGUGGACCAACAAAACAACCCUCUAGUCCAACACAAACCACGCCACCUGUUCACAAACCAACAGUUCCAAGUAGUGGAAAAAAUACCCCGGCAACAGUUCCAGUGCUACCAAGUACGAUAGUAAACAACAAAAAUCAAGGCAGCGCCUCGAAUAUCGCUACUGACGCCGAAUUACAAGCAAUUAGUGAAGAAUUAUUGAAAAAAGAUACAAAUAAUGCAGCGAGAUACGUUACAAUCAACUAUCAAGAGAAAACCACUUCUAGUUCCAAGGAAGAUAAAGCUUCGCAGCCAUUACUAAACAUAGCAUCCGAAGCUUGGAAUAUUCCAACUAUUCAAAAAUUUCUGCCACUUUUGGAUAAUUACGAAAGAGAUACCUUAGUUAACGAAUAUGUGACAUCACAGGAAAGAACAGAAGAAAAUGCAUUCAUGGAUGCUAUCAUGUCUACAAGUGUUAUCAGGCAUUUAAUGAAUUUCCUCAAAGAAAAAGGUAAAGUCCCUCCCGAUCCGGCGAAACAGCGGGAUUUCCUAAAACAACUAUGGUUUGGUUUAUAUUCAAGAGGAAAAGGGAAAAUCAGUAGUUCGGGUUUUGAACAUGUUUUUGUGUCGGAGCUGAAAAAUGGUGAAGUAUCAGGUUUACACAAUUGGAUAUACUUUUCGAAAGAAGAGUCCGCAAAUCGUGUAAAUUACUUAGGAUAUUUGAAAUACGUUCAACUAAACGAUAAAGGAGUGGUUAUCAAAUUACAUUUUAACCAACAAGGGGUCGAUAAACCAGUAGAUUCUAUGUUCAUCGGCACUUCACCAGAACUGGAGAUUGCGCUCUACACUCUUUGCUUUGUCACCCGCGAAGGAGACGAUUGCAGACUGAAACUCGCCAACAAAGAUGUCAAUAUAUUGACGCAUAACUUUAGAUACAGGAGCAAAAAUUACAUAGGCAGUGCCUUCCCUCAGAUUUAAAAAACUUACACUCGCUUAAACUUAAUUCAGAUAUUGCUAUUAAACCACAAAAACGUUUUAAAAUCCAAGUCGAUUUGUAAACUACGAUUUUUAUUCUAAAGACAUGUUUUGUAUAAACACAAUAAAUAAUUCGCAGUC